GUCACAGCAGACGAGGAAAGUGAUUCAGUGUAUGAAUCAACUGUAAAUAAUGUCUAAUUAUUUAGUGAAUAGUUGUCUAGAUUUGACCUUUACAAUCUCAAAUAGAUGUUUCAUGAUAAAAUGCUGUCUGUAAAUUGUUUUGUUUUAAAUGUAAUGGGUUGAUUUUUACUCUAGGCUCAUGUGAUUUACCUAAUUUAGAUCUGCAGUAUUGUAUUUUAUAUUGCAAUUGUAUUUAAUGUAUACCAAAUUAUUAUGGCACCAAUGUUAUAUACUCUUAGUGGAUUUUCCUCGUUCUUUUUUAUAUUUUGGUGUGGAAAGUGGUUAGUGCAUAUUGCUGCUAUUAUAUAUGGCAAACACACACUUCAUCGGAAAGUGAAUGACCAGCCCACAGAAACACCACUGCCAGGAGUAUCAAUCAUCAAACCUUUAAUGGGGGUAGAUCCGAACUUGUAUGCAAAUUUAGAAACAUUUUUUACAAUGAAUUAUCCAUUAUAUGAAAUUGUAUUUUGUGUUGAAGAUGAAAACGAUCCAGUGAUAAUGCUUGUGCGAAAACUCAUAGAGAAGUAUCCUUUAGUCGAUGCUAGUAUUUUUAUUGGUGGAGCUGAUGUAGGAGUCAAUCCCAAAAUCAACAAUAUGCAACCAGGAUAUCUUGCCUCGAAAUACCCAUUGGUUCUCAUAUCAGACAGCGGUAUAAGAAUGAAGGAAGACACUCUGAUUGAUAUGGUUCAGCUGAUGACUGAUGAUGUGGGGUUGGUCCAUCAGCUGCCUUUCACCUGUGAUAGAGAAGGCUUUGCUGCUACCGUUGAAAAGAUUUACUUCGGUACCCUGGUGGCUCGCAUUUACCUGGUGGCGGAUCUCCUGCGCAUCAACUGCCACACUGGAAUGUCAGCUCUGAUGCGAAAAUCUCUCAUCAAUGAUGUGGGUGGCAUCCAAGCGUUCAGCUGCUACCUCGCAGAAGAUUUCUUCUUCGCCAAGUCCUUUUCGGAAAGAGGCUGGAGAAUUAGAGUUGCCAGCCACCCGGCUUUCCAGAACUGUGGUUUCUGUGAAAUCAACAGUUUCCAGGCCCGAUUACAAAGGUGGGCCAAGCUGAGGGUUGCGAUGCUGCCUCACACAAUACUGCUGGAACCCCUCUCCGAGUGUUUGGUACUCGGAGCAUGUGCAGCAUGGUCGGCCAGCUACCUCUUCGGCUGGGAACCACUAGUCUUCUUCCUAGUCCAUGUUUUAGUUUGGUUCUUCUUUGAUUGGGUACUGCUCUCGAUUGUACAGAAUGGAUCCUUGCCCUUCAGCAAGUUCGACUAUGUAGUGGGAUGGUUGUUCAGAGAGAUCAGCGGGCCGUAUUUGUUCAUGAAUGCGGUGUGGGACCCCACCAUCAGGUGGCGGUCGCGAACGUACCGCUUGCGCUGGGGAGGUAUUGCCGAGGAGUUCGGUCCCAAGGCGAUGUGAGAUCAGCUGUCUCUGCCAGUGACUGCUGCACCACUGGUCCUAACAGAUCCCUGCUCAUAGCACCUCUACUCCAAGCUAGAUAUGUAAAUCAGAAUCCUGACCUAUUCCACUCGCGUACCGUUGCCUUUUUUUAAGAUCAGUAGUUUGUACAUGAAUUGAUCUGUGUAGAACAGAUUUCGCUCCACUGACACGGCUUAAAGGAUUCUCAGUUAGAUUUAUGUUAUCAUCGUUCUAGUCUGAAACGAGACAGCCAGUUCGACUCUCUCGCAACCGUUUGCAUGAGUGUAAUCUGUCACCGAGUAUCAGGCUAAAUGUACUUCUGUACUGUAAAUUGUGGUCUAACAGACAUAAACCUUAACUGUAAACAUAUCAAAGUGUGGAGUAAUAAUACUAUAGGAGUUACAAUAUGAUAAGUUUGAUAAAACGCUGAUUCUGAAUGCAGGGUUACAUGUACAAUAAAUGACAACUGGACAUGUGUAUGAAAUGGUUUAUGGGUUUUUAUGCACACUUUAGCUGCCAUGUCCAUAUGGAUCGCAAGGGACAAACUUAUCUUACAUUAGCUGAACUUGCCUGGGAUUUCAUUCUUCUUUAUAACUUACAAAAAUAGCGCAAAUAGCACUCUAAUUACCUAAUUUUUUAUCGGUUCAAGGUUCAAACUAAUAAUUUCGAAGUACCACCCGUCAUAAAUAGGUUUUUAUCAUUAUUCACAGUUCACACUGUUUACAGUUCUUGUUAUCAAACUGCUGUUGGUGUGAUAUUUUCUAACUAUGAGUUUGUGUCACUUAAAUUAUGUCCCUCAGCCCUCUGAUUUAGUCAUGACAAUGGACGCAGUUAUCACUUAAAUUGCAAUUAAAACAAAAUAUCUGUAAAGCAGAUAGCAGGAUUGACUUUUUUGUACAAUCAGUUUAGUAUUGAUAAAUUUGAGAUUCAAUCUAUAUAGCUACUGCCAGUACUUCGACUUCCCGUUUCCGGUAAGCUAGAGUGCGUAACCAACACAAUUUGAGAGUGCACGGUAGUCAAAUUUUAGCACUGACUUAUCUUGUCCUCUCAUUUUUUUCUUUGUGGAUCUCAAAUGGCACUACCUGAAAAUGUUGAGCCUGAGCGCAUUCUCACCUCCGUAAUUUCACACGAACUGUAGAGAAUCAUUUCAAAUAUAAUUGUUCAAUCAGCCUAGACACCUUAUGCAAUUUUAUGAUUGUUUUACUAUCAGUACUAUAGUAUCAUUAGCCUGUAGAUGUCUUAACGAGGUUUUCUUUAGUAAAACAUUUGGACUAUGAAGGGAACAGGAUUGGACAUUUGCCAUCGUUUAGUGAAACAAGAAAUCAGUAACACUACGUUUCGAGAUCUGCAAUCUGAUCUCUUCUUCAGGUAAAGAACUAACCAAAUUUACAUAAAAUAAACAAAUCACACCAGAGCGUUGUGGCACGCCUAAGUCAGGAAUCACAACCACCAUGUUUGUCAACUUCACUAAAGUGCUAGUAAUAAAAUAUGGACUGGCAGCUAAAGUGUUUCAUUGAUAUUUUAAAAUAUUAGCACUGUAAAGCAAUAUUAAUUAUUUAAUUAUAUGUAACCCAGCAAUGUGUUGAUCAAAUAGGGAUUUCAGAAAGAACAAGUACGCUAUAUAGUGUUUGUAUUGACUAAUCAUUAAGAUUGACUGAAUCAUUACUUUUUUUACAAAUUAUUGUUUUUUCUGAAAUAUAUAAUAUGUUAGAUAUUAUGUAGAGAAAAUCAGGUAAAUUUAUAAUUUUUUAUAUCAAUUUUUGUUAGUAAUUGAUAAGCAUCACUAAAGGUUUAGGGUCUUUUGAUAUACACUGAUAUUAUGUUUAUUAAAGUAAAUUUACCACUUUUUGUAUGUAAUAAUUCAUAAUAUUAUUCAAUAACAUAUUUUUUAAACUAUUUUUGAUCAUUAAAUCUUCUUGGCAUUUACUGUUUGAAUAUGUUAGUUUUCAUUGUUUUUAGUAUAAUUUAAAAUAAUUUUAUACAUUUUAUUUUUAUAUAUUUUAUUUUAUUAUGAUAAUAUACACAAUCAAAGUUGUUAGCUUUAAAGUUUGAAAAAUAAGAUACAUUAAUUACCUUAUAGAAACAGAUUUUUUAUAUGGAUCAGUGUUUAUUUUUUGCCUUUAUUAUGUUUUCAAGAUUAAAGAUUAAUCUCAAAAUAUGGAGCUAUAGAACCUCUAAUAUGAACCCUAAAAGAAUGUUUCCACAGGCUUGUAAUGCAUUUGUUAAACAUAUGUUUGAUACCCAUUAGGUAAGAGAAGUGAUACAGAGAUAGUCUAAAUGAUGUACACGAUUUUUUUACAAAUCGUGGAAGAAAAACUGAAGUAGUAUUUUUUACAAUAGUUUAUUUUCUUAUCAACUGUGUAAUACAAAUAUUAUGGCUGUUUAAUAAAAGAUUAAGGGUGA